GGAGCAAGUUACUUCAUCUCUCUGUUCUCAACUUUUGUCAUCUCCAAAAUGGUGACAUUACUAAUAGUACCUACCUAAGAAAGUUGGUUGGAGGAACAAAGGAGAUGAUGUGCCUCAUCUAUGGGAUGUGAGAAAUUUCUGCUUGGCAGUUUAGCCAAAGACUAGAAGGGGCCGAUCUGUGUUCUUCUGAGUGCCGCUCUGUACAAGACCUUCCUAACAGAGCUGAGGCCCACGUCCAGCGUCCAGCGUGCUACCAGACCCCACCCCAGACAUUGCUCUGGGGUCUGCCUGAGGCCAUCAGUGUGAAGAUGACCAGUGCCUUCCUAGCAUGACGACCUUGGACCAUGUGAUCGCUACCCACCAGUCAGAGUGGGUCUCCUUCAACGAGGAGACAGUCUUUCCUGUCCCUUCUGAGGGGGGCACCGAAGAGCACCUCCCGGGACUGUCGUCUUACUCAGGCCGGUCUGACAGCUCCUCCGGGGAGAACCGUGUGGCGCAUGGAGGCUCUCAGGAACUUUCCCACUCGGAGCAGGAUGACUCCUCUGAAAAGCUGGGCCUUAUCUCCGAAGCUGCCUCCCCUCCUGGGAGCCCCGCGCAGCCCCCACCUGACCUGGCCUCGGCCAUCAGCAACUGGGUUCAAUUUGAAGAUGACACACCCUGGGCCAGCACGGCACCACCUCCUAAGGAAACGAGGGAGACAGCCCUACCAUUGACCAUGCCCUGCUGGACGUGCCCUUCCUUCGACUCCUUGAGGAGGUGCCCUCUGACCUCUGAGAGCAGCUGGACCACACAUUCUGAAGACACCACCAGUAGUCCUAGUUUUGAUCCCUCCUACACCGACCUGCAGCUUAUCAAUGCCGAGGAGCAGACAAGUAGCAGGGCUUCCCAGGCUGACUCGACUGACAGUUCUUCCUCACUCCAGGAGGAUGAAGAGGUAGAGAUGGAGGCCGUCAGCUGGCCGGCCAGUAGUCCAGCCAUGAAUGGACACCUUGCAAGUCCGAUGACUCCUGCUCGUUUCCCCAGCUGGGUCACUUUUGAGGACAAUGAAGUCAGCUGCCCUUUGCCACCAAUCACCUCUCCCCUGAAGCCAAACCCACCACCUACUGCAUCUGUGAUCCCAGAUGUACCUUAUCACUCAGCUGGGUCAUUUAAGAAGAGGGAACGUCCCAAGAGCACACUGAUGAACUUUUCCAAAGUUCAGAAGCUGGACAUUUCCUUCUUACACCAUCCGCCUUCCGUAACCGAGGCUCCACCACCUUGGAGGGCAACCAACCCUUUCCUGAACGAGACUCUGCAGGACGUACAGCCCUCCCCCAUCAACCCUUUCAUCGCUUUCUUUGAGGAGCAGGAGAGGCGCUCCCAAAACAGUUCCAUUUCCAGUGCCACAGGCAAAAGCCAAAGAGAGUCUCUCAUCGUCAUCUACCAGGAUGCCAUCAGUUUUGAUGACUCAAGCAAAACCCAGUCACACUCUGAUGCCGUUGAAAAACUCAAACAACUCCAGAUUGAUGAUCCUGAUCACUUAAGCAGUGUGACACUCCCAGAUGAUGACCCGAAAGCCUGGGUUAAACUAGAUGACCACCCACCUGGUUCAGUGCUGUCCCAGCCCAGGGAUGGAUGGCCAAUGAUGCUAAGGAUCCCAGAGAAGAAAAACAUCAUGUCAUCUAGGCACUGGGGACCCAUCUACAUCAAACUGACAGACAGUGGUUACUUGCAGCUGUACUAUGAGCAGGGCCUAGAAAAACCAUUCCGUGAGUUCAAGCUGGAGAUCUGCCACGAAGUUUCGGAGCCCCGGCUCCAAAACUAUGAUGAGAAUGGCAGGAUCCACAGCUUGCGAAUAGACCGUGUCACCUACAAGGAGAAGAAGAAAUACCAGCCCAAACCUGCCGUGGCCCACACAGCAGAGAGGGAACAAGUGAUCAAGCUGGGCACCACCAAUUACGAUGACUUCCUGAGUUUCAUCCGAGCCAUUCAGGACCGGCUCAUGAAUCUGCCAGUGUUGUCAAUGGACUUGAGCACAGUGGGCUUGAACUACCUUGAGGAGGAGAUUACUGUGGAUGUCAAGGAUGAAUUCUCUGGCAUUGUGAGCAAGGGAGACAACCAGAUUCUCCAGCACCAUGUCUUGACACGGAUCCACGUUCUGAGUUUCCUCUCUGGGCUUGCAGAGUGCCGCUUGGGCCUCAACGAUGUCCUUGUCAAAGGGAACGAAAUCGUUUCCCGGCAGGACAUCAUGCCCACGACCACCACGAAGUGGAUCAAGCUCCAUCAGUGCCGUUUUCACGGGUGUGUGGAUGAGGAUGUAUUUAACACCUCGCGGGUUAUUCUGUUCAACCCUUUGGAUGCCUGCCGGUUUGAGCUGAUGCGGUUCAGGACAGUAUUUGCAGAGAAGACCUUGCCUUUUACACUCAGGACGGCAGCAAGCAUCAAUGGGGCAGAGGUGGAGGUGCAGAGCUGGCUGAGGAUGUCAACCGGCUUCUCCUCCAACCGAGACCCUCUCACCCAGGUUCCCUGUGAGAAUGUGAUGGUUCGUUACCCUGUGCCCAGUGAGUGGGUGAAAAACUUCCGAAGGGAAAGUGUCCUCGGGGAAAAGUCUCUAAAAGCCAAAGUGAACCGGGGGGCAAGUUUUGGCUCAACUAGUGUGUCCGGCUCUGAGCCUGUCAUGAGAGUAACCCUGGGAACCGCCAAGUACGAGCAUGCCUUCAACUCCAUUGUGUGGAGGAUCAGCCGACUGCCUGACAAAAACUCAGCGUCUGGUCACCCACACUGUUUCUUCUGCCACCUUGAACUUGGCUCUGACGGGGAAGUGCCUUCCAGAUUUGCCAGUCACGUGAAUGUUGAGUUCAGCAUGCCCACAACUUCUGCCUCUAAAGCUGCUGUAAGAUCCAUCUCUGUGGAAGACAAGACUGACGUCAGGAAGUGGGUCAAUUAUUCCGCACACUACAGCUACAAGGUGGAAAUUGAACAAAAGAAGAGUUUGAAGCCAGACUUUGAAGGAGAUGAAAUGGAAAAUCCCAAGGAGUGUGCGGUCCAGUGACAAAGCCCUACUGCAGGGGGCCAUGACCCAUGAAUAGCUGAAGUUCAAGUCAGUACCUACCAUGGCUACUCCAUGUUGGGAACAGUAUAUUGGACCUUCCUUUCGUAGCUACCUGUAUUUUAACAGGAAACCUUGAGGUGGUUGCUUUGGAGAAACCCUGAUCUGCACCUAGCUCACCUGACGUUUGGAGCUUGUUGUCUAAUGAAGCCUUCUUUUCUCGCUUGGCUUAUCUCACAGCAGGUGGGCAUGCUUUGUUGUGACUGUUGGAGUCAGGAAAAGAACUUUCCACAUGAGUGGUGGCCCCAUUUCCUUCUGAUACUCAUCGGUCACUUACAUGAUUUUCUUGAGUCAGUCUUGAGACAGUUCAUUUACCUAUCAAUCCACCUCUGUCACUCCCUAUAGAAAAAGGUUCAGAAGAGGUACAAAACGAACUUCCUCUUUGGGUUUACUAGGCUCUGUACACGUCUCCAUUCUUUAAGUGUUAACACUAUGCAACAGAAGUUUUCAAGACGUUUCUCUCCCGGUUUUGGAUGGUUUUAAUUAAAACACUUUUUCCAUCUCUCUGGUCCCAGGGUUCACCACCCUGAGUCACAAUAGACAAUGGGGAAAAGGCACAAUAGGAUACUUUUUUAUUCUGUGAUUAGCCCCGCAUUCUGUAAAGGGUGGCUGUUGAAGGGAAAGCAAAACUGAACUGAUUUUUCUUCAUUCUGGGGAAAAGGGACAUUAAUUUGUAACAUUAUAUUCAAUUCAGGAGAUAGCUUCAAUCUCAGAGAAUUCCCAAAUUCACACUGAAAAAUAUAGGCCAUUUCUGUUCCUGAAACAAAUGGAGAUAGAGAUAGAUAGAUAGGAUAGAUAGGUAGGUAGGUAGGUAGGUAGGUAGAUAGAUAGAUAGAUAGAUAGAUAUUAUACCUCAGGCAUUUGUCAGGGCAUUUGGGUGCUCUUUUUAUACCUCAAGCCUAUAGACAGUUGCAUGUCUCUUUAAUUCUGACUUUACAGGAAAUAUAAGUGGAAAAGAUCAUUUAAAAGCUGUUUUGAAACUAAGCUUAUAUGAGCUUUCCCCCCAAAUUCAGAAUUUGAUACUCAUAGUAUUGUCACAGAUCUAAAAGGCGGAAGACUGUAGGUUUGAAAUGGGAGAAAGCCCUAUUUUUCUAAUGUUGGGAACAUUAAAUCUGAUUCCAAGAGUCCGGGACACUCAAUCUUCUUUCCCUUCAUAUGUUCCUGUUUAUACUGGGUACUCCCCCUUCUUAUUUCUAUCUUGGUGUUUUCUUACCGAACUAUAUCAUCCAUCCCAAAGGGGAUACCUGCUCAACAACUUAAAGGCCGGUCCUAUCUCCGUACUUCUCCCAUGAAGAAUAGAGGAAGGGGACAGAAAACAUACCUGUAAGAUUUGUCAGAUGACACAGAGAAAUAAAUGAUAUAUCGAAUCUCAACUGGCAGAUUUGGGAUUAAUUUAUCCAGUGAAUUUUCACUUAAUUAUAACCAUGUACUGACACUAGAACAUAGACAUCAUUACCAUUUUUUAUUUGAAAUACCUGAACAUAAGACUGAAACUAAAAGGAUGAAAUUCAGUAGGCAUUAACAAGACACCAUAUUCUGAGUUGCUUAAAUACAACCUUCUAAAUACAGAGUGGUGUUACUUAUGUGUGUGUUGGUGGGAAGGAUGUUGAAAAGUCACGGUUUCACACCCAUCCCUGUAGAAAUGUUUUCCUAGGAGACGGGAGUUCGGUUUUGAAUUAGGAGUGUACGGUGACUCUUCGCAAAGUUAAUGCAUUCAGCCUGUGGUAGCAGAAGCCCGGGGAGCCCUGCAUGCUGCAUUGGUGAGUCCACAUCUGGAUGGAGGGUUGGAUUCAAUUGUGGGUACUGUUUUAAGAGCGACAUUAAUAAAUUGUGUCCAGAGGCAGGUGACCAGGGUUGUGAAGGGUCUGGUUAUAUAAGGCACAGGGGAACAGAACAAGAGAGAAUAAAAUAAUAUAGCUGCCCAUUGAGUUAUUCCGUUGAGUUCUUAAAAGGGAGAAGAUUUAGACUUACCUGUGUAACUUCAAAGGGCAAAAAUAGGAACAAAGAGGAACUUUAUAGAUGACAGAUGUUCGCUUCAACAUCAGAAAGAUUUUUUAAUAAGUUCUAAAUGUGAUGGUUCUAAAGGGGGAAAGACUUGUGUAGUAAGAUUUCCUAUUGCUGGAAAUGCCCAAACAAAGGUUAAAAUAACCAUCUAUCCCCGGAGCUAUGAAAGGGACCCUGGAUUUGGGCUGGAUGACUCCCAAGUUCCCUUUUGCAUAUAAUUAAUCUCAGUAGUAACAGGACUCUCUAACUGUAGUUGUUUUCUCUUUGGUAAGUGGUUUUGUAAGCUCUUUGAAAUACAUUGGGAUUCCCCAAGGUCUUUACCAAGUGAGGCAGAGCCCUUCCCCUAUUGUAAGAAAGGCACAUGAGAUUCCUCAUAGAAACAUCAAGAUGGGAUGAAGGACUGGCAAGGUGAAGGUCAUUCUGGCACCUUCCUUACCCAGCGUUAGCACCAGCACACCCUGUCGAGAUCUCUGCCUCACUUGCCAGCAUCACAUGUAUGUUGCCUGUUGGAGUGUUUCUCCCCGUCUUAGUUCUCAUUGCCUUUGUGCUUUUAUGUGGCUAUUUUUUCUUUAAACCAAGGGUUAGGAAAAUCCUUUCCAUGCUAUCUGCAUUCAGCAAGCAAAUUAUUAUUAAUAAUAAUUUUUUAAAAAGCCUAUCACCUUGAUUUCAUCAAAUUUGCUUUUCCACUGCUAUUUUUAGGAAACUGAUUAUGGGUAGCAGUUGGGACUCUGGGGAAUAUCAUACUAUCUAUUUUAGACUUAGUGUUUGGUUAACAGUCUACAUAGAAAACACAGGCAAAUUACCUUUUUGGUGUGCAGAUUCUAAGUUUACUACCCUGGACCUGGAGUGUGUGUUUGUGGUCACAAAUAGUCCUUGUCUAUGUUAUCAAUAAUGUGAAGAUAUUAAAAGUAAAUUCAUUUUGCCAAUGCAUAGUAUUACUAUCAGAACAUAAAUUACAUGCUAUUAAGCGCUAUACUCUC